GGAAUAACAGAAAUCCAGGCUCCAAAGGUUGUCCGGUGCGUGGCGUGAAGGGGUCAAAUCUUACGGUUACUGUGUCCUGCAAGUUCCAAGCAGUUCCGUGCGUUGAACAAGUUGGGGCAUGUACCGAGGCACUAAGAGGGCAAAUCUCGCAGUUUAUCCCACUGGCUUCAGACGCCCCGGCCGCAUUAUACGUGCCGUGUUAGAUCUGCAGAUGUCAGUCUCUCUAAAAACGUGGGCCCAUGCACUGGGUAUAUGAUGUCAAAAAGCGGUGCAGGUUCAACUUAACAAAACUCUAGUGCGAUGCACGCAACACUCUUGGACAUUCCGGGACCUGGUUAUUCUGGGACGUGAUUACUUCACAGUAAUAUUUGGUUAGAAGUCCUGGCUAUCAGGAAGAAGAAUUGGAAAUGGGACUGUUGUGUGAGCUCCUCGUUUUCUUCAGUCUGCUACUCAAUGUCUUUGCCAGCUUGAAUACUUGCCAGGAGAAUGAGUACGUGGAUGUCGAUGGAAACUGCAAAUUGUGUAAGGAGUGUGGACCAGGACAAGAAGUGUCGAAGGACUGCGGUUUUGGAGUUGGGGCUGAUGCUCAGUGUGUGGCCUGCAGACCCAACAGGUACAAGGAAGGUUGGGGACGGCAGAAGUGCAAACGGUGUCUCUCUUGCUCCCUUGUGAAUCGAUUUCAGGAAGUGAAUUGCACAGUUUCUAGUAAUGCUGUGUGCGGGAAAUGCUUGCCUGGAUUCUACAGGAAAACCCGGCUUGGAGGAUUGCUGGACACAGAGUGCAUUCCCUGCAGUGACCCAGUCACUCCCGGUCAAUCCCAGUGUACCUCCAGAACAAAUGUGGUGAGGGUUCUGAGCUCUGCCUCUCCCCCAUAUGACACGGCCCUCGUCGCUGUGAUCUGCAGUGCCCUGACGACAGUCCUACUGGCUGCGCUACUUCUCUGUUUCAUCUACUGCCGACGGCUGAUUGCAGAAAAGCAGAGCAAUGGACUUCAGAGGCCCCCCGUGCAUGAGCGAGCCAGAAUGGAGUCUUUGUCUUCUGAGGGACAGUUGGGUAACACAAGCACUGAAGGAUUGGUGAAGUACUGUCAGAAUGCCAAUGCUGUGAAUAAUUUGCCACAAUCUCCCGGGCCAGCUGAUGUGGUUCAGCCUGAAGAUGCACCACUUACCUUGAGAUCAUGCUUCGUGACUUAUCUGUGUCCAUCGGGAUUUGAUGACCAGGACAGAAGCACCGUUACAUGUGCUACAUUCCCUAGCUCCUUUCCACACAGUUCUCCCGAAGGCCAACCUCUGGUCCAAGCAACCAGCUGCAGUGAUUGUCCAACCCCAAGAUCUUCAAAUGAUGGACUAGAUGGCACAUUCCUCCUGGAAUGCGAUGGAAGUGUUAGUAUUCUGCCUGUGGGCGAAGGCUACAGCACCACUCUGUUGCAUUGCGCCUCAAGGCACCAAAGCAGACUGCAGCACGUCCCGGUUGAGUGCACUGAGCUGGACCUACAGGAGUAUGUGGCGGAUGUGCAAGAUGAAUGCACUGUCGAGGCCCAAGAGACCGCAGCACACUACCGGCCCUCAAGGCCUAAUACAGCCUCCAGUAGCGUUACAGCCGAUCCUAGUGUAAAGGAGCCGUGGGUGUGGAAGCGUAGUGAGAGCAGAUCAGAGGAAUGCCACGGUGUUAGAAGUGGUAACGUUCAGCUUUACGGUCCAUCCACUGGGAAUAACUGGUGCCGAGGGUUUCCUGAAGUAAGCUGCCUAAUUGUAGAUGCCUGAUUUGAAAAACCCAUGAACCUACUCAAGCUGUUCCAGGUGUGUGCAUUUAGCUCCUGCGGAGAUUGUGGGAAGGUUGAGUACUCAAGAUGGAAUUUUCCGCAUUGAGCCUGAAGGGGAAGAGGCACUUAGAAAACAGGAAUCUCAUAGAAAGAUGGGGAAUGACAGGAAGGGGACUGAGCUCUUUAGCUAUUGUACUCGGACAUUGGUGCCGGAUCCCUUGAAGACCCUUCAGCCACUACAGUGAUGUGACAUUUGGAUCAUCUUAGCAACUCCAUCAGUGGAACAUAAUUAAUGGAUAUUGAUUGGACCAAUUAAUUUGUAGUUAUUUGGGAUGGGUUUAAGUUUUUCUGUAGAAUGGUGAGGUAAUGAAGCCUAAUAGAUUUGAGGACGGUGAUACAAAAUCUGGUUGCAAUCUCAAAAAGGGGCAUGAGGACCAUUUAGACAAUCCAAGUUUGUUACUGAGGAACAAUUCUUAUCUCUGCUAUUCCAGUGAUACUUUUCAGUAACGGGAUUACUUUCUGGAAGAUGUGGAACUUCAGUUCUCUACAUAUUGCUGGUAUUCAUUGCCAGUAGCCCAGUAAUACUACAUAAUAAAUACCUGUAAUAGCAGCAGCUGAGUAAGGGCUCAAGAAGCAAUCAGCAUGCCAUUAUUCCCACUAGCCUUAAGGUGAAAACGUAAGAUGAGUUAUCUUCUGGGGGAAAUUGGGAAAAACAUUACCCAUUAAAAAAAUGUCUGAAAUAUUUUGCAGGGCAUUCAGGAAAGAAAUGAACUCAAUACUGUGAUUUAACCCUGUGGAAUUUUAUAUUCUGUCAUCUACUAUAAGUUUCUUGCAUUUAACUGACUGUUUAUUUGUUUGUGUGCUGAUAUUCCAUUUUUGCAAAUUAUUUCAAUAACUUUGCACUAACAUUAAAGACUAAAAGCACUUAUCUGGAUAUUCAACUUUUUUGAACAAAACUAUAGUUAUUGAUGUUGAUGUAAGAUGUUUAAUGUUUAAUUUUUUUAUAAGCAAAGGAAGAGCGGACUCAGAACACAGACAGGAGGGAGAUCUUAUCAUUUAUCAAAGCAUCCAGUACCUAGUAUCAGGGCUCUGAAAGGUGUGAGAAGAGCUUGGGCCAAGUGGAGUACAUUUUUCAACCUCACUCAGGUCCUCAAGCAGCUGUCCUUCCACACUCAAAACAAAUAGGAUCCAGGUUCAUCUCCCAUUCUAUUACCUCCACUUUUGAACUUCUAGCCUUCCCAACCCACUAAACAAGUUGUUUUCUCCAUGUACCCAACUGUUGGAGUUGGUGUCUGUUUAUAUUUAAGCUUCUAGUUUAUUGCUCACUAAGUGCUUAUUCUACAAUUAAUAGCUUAAUAAUGUCCCCAACAUUAUUAAUUUGGUUAUGGAAUGGUAGUACUGUGCUUUUGGCCUGGUUAUCAAGAGAAUAAAUAAAACAAGUUGAAUCCUAGUUUGAUGACUGGGGCAUUUAAUUAAAUCAGCUUUUUUUAAAAAUAAAGUCAUAUUUUCUUUCUCAGAUCAGUGAUGGUGACUGUGAGGUAUCAAUGACUGGCUGUCUUUUCCAGCAAGUUUCUACAGAAAUACAGUGGAGGCAUUCUAACUGGUUGUGUCACUGUAUGGUAUGGAGGGGCUAUUGCACGGGAUUGGAAAAAGCUGCAGAGAGUUGUAAAUCAUAAACACGAGAAAUUCUGCAGACGCUGGAAAUCCAAAGUGACAUACACAAAUGCUGGAGGAACUCAGCAGAUCAGGCAACAUGUAUGGAAAUGAAUAAACAGUGGACGUUUCAGGCCAAGACCGGUCUUCAGGACUGGAAAGGAAGGAGGAUGCCAGAAUAAAAAGGUCGGGGGAAGAGGAAAGAGGAUAGCUAGAAGAUGAUAGGGUAAAGGGUUGGAGAGGAAGGAACCUGAUAGGAGAGGAGAGUGGGCCGAGAAAGAAGAGGAGGUGAGGACCUACAAGGAGGUGAUAGACAGGUGGGAAGAGGUAAGAGACCGGAGUCGGGAAUAGGAAGAAGAGGGGAAGGGUAGGAAAGUUGUUUUUUAUUGGAAGGAGAAAUCGAUGUUCAUGCCAUCAAGUUGGAGGCUACCUAGACAGAACAUAAGGUGUUGCUCCUCCAACCUGAGGGUGGCCUCAUCUUAGCAAAAGAGGAGGCAAUGGACCUACAUGGUGUAAAGGGAAUGGGAAUGGGAAUCAAAAUGUUUGGCCAUAAGGAAGGUCUGCUUUUGGCAGAUGGCGCUAAGGUGCUUGACAAAGCGGUCUCGUGAUUUAUGAUAGGUCUCUCCAUUGUGGGGGGGGGGUCACAUUGGGAGCACCAGAGAAAAUAAACAGCCCCAGUAGAUUCACAAGUGAAAUAUUGCCUCAUCUGGAUGGACUGUUUGGGGCCCUGAAUAGAGUUGAAGGAAGAGAUGUAUAGUGAGUCCCAUCAUGGGCACUAACCUCCCCAACACUGAGGACAUCUUCAAAAGGCGAUGUCCUCUUCACUCAGGAUAUACCGUCUUCUCAUUUCUAUUAUCAGGAGGUGGUACAGGAGCCUGAAGAAACAUGCUCUAUGUUUUAGGAACAACCUUUUCCUCUCUGUCAUCAGAUUUCUGAAUGGACAGUAAACUGACCCAUGAACACUACCUCAAUUAUUUUUUGCUUUUGUUUUGCACUGCUUAUUCAAUUUUUAAUGUAUGUAUGUGUAUAUAUACAUAUAUAUAAUUUCUUAUUGAAUUUAUACUUUUAUAUAUUGCACUGUACAUCUGUCACAAAUC